AUGCCUCGAAGAAGUUAUAAGUCUUCUGGGGUGAAGGGACCAAACUCGGCGCUUACCGAGUUCCUCAAGAAUGAAGGUAUCACCGACGCGUUUCGAAGACGACGCGAACGGGAGGCCACGGGAGAGUCAGUCUCCACCGAAAACACUCCCGGCCCCCAGCUGUCAGUGGAACCAACCUCUGGUGGCUCAACAACCAGAGAGGCCUCUAGAGAAGUGGAAGACGAUGAAGACGAAGAAGUCGUGGCGAUCAAACAAGCAGCUCGUGAGAAACGGAGACGGGCGGGAGACGUGUCAGAUGACGCGUUUAGUGACGAAGGAGAGCUUAGUGGAGUAGAGGAUGCGGUGGCUAAGCGUUACGGCGAACCGGAUAAUUGUUGCGAGUGUGGCAGCCAGUUUUAUUUGCUGGUGUACUCGCCGUUUAUCAAUGCUAAGGGAGGCUACCUCUGCGAGAACUGUGCCGAAAUCCGCAAACAACAGCAACGUCAGGCGAAAAAGACUCAGUACGCUGCUCGUAAGCGGAGAAAGAAGCUUGCGCUGGCGCUUUUGGAUAAGCGGAAGGUGACGUUCCCUACUCUCCAAGAUUUGUGCAUCAAGGAGAUCAGUGUCCACAUUAACGAUGUCGACGAGUUGGGGAAUAUUGGUACCUCCAACAUGGGUAAAAUCUGCCGGAUCCUUUCAAAGAACCGUAGUCUUAAUGAUCAGACGAUGGCACUUUUCCUCAGCUCCAACUUGACGGUGUUAGAGUUCUGGGAUUGCCUGAACGUACUGCUGGUGCUGUUGUCAAAAAUACCUGCGUUUUGCCCUCGACUUGAGCUGCUUACGUUAUCCAUGUGUGGCCAGCUUCACAAUGACAAUAUGGAGUACUUUGCUACCAAUCUUCCUCAUCUAAAGAAGCUUGCACUCAACGGUCCUUUCCUCGUCAGUGAAAGAGUGUGGUCGGAGUAUUUGCUGAAGAUCUCCCCUCUUACACUGUUCCUGCUAGGAAAUACGCAUCGGUUCAAUGAUGCUAAUUUGUUAACAUUGCUCGAAUCCACUGGUUCUCAACUCGAAGAGCUCAAGCUUCACCGUCUUGAUGGCAUCACUCAGGAGGAUCUGUACCAUCUGAUUGCCCGGUUCUGCCGCCAAUUGAAGAAGCUUGAGAUCUCUUACCCUCACUCCGAAGAUUGCGUGACUAACGAAGCCAUCAUUGACAUUUUGCAAGCCACCGGUGGGAAUUUGACUGAAUUGGUGUUGGAUGGCUGUACACUGCUUGGCGAUGAAAUCUUGCUCGAUGGGAUUAAGCUUUACUGUAAAAAUCUUACCAAGCUUUCGCUCAAGGGCUUGGAUUUGAUCACUGACUACGGGAUGGCGGAUUUCUUUAAAGGAUGGUCCAACGGGGGGCUUAUUGAGGCUGAUUUCACGAAAUGCAUCACUGUUGCGGAUGAUGGGGCUUAUGAGUUGUGGAGACAUCUGGGACGUACGCUUGUGGAGUUAAGUUUGAAUAGUGUCCCCAUGUCUAAAGACUUUCUCCUCGAAGCCUUUACUUCAAACAGUCACCCUUCGAAAACAGAAGGGUACAAAUAUAGCCAAGUGUCGUUGCCAUUACUUACUAAGCUUGAUCUAGGCUUUGUCCGCGCCGUCGAUGACGAGGUAUUGAAGCUUCUUGAAGACGUGGCUCCUAAAUUAAGUAUCGUCGAAGUCUAUGGCGAUAACCGUGUUACUAACCGUGCCGAAUUGGCCCCCGGGACACUUUUGAUUGGUCGCCAACUCGAUCAAGAUAUUUGA